GCAGGAGCCGCGAAACUAGAAAAAAAACACACAACUUGUAAAUGAGUGUUUACACAGAGUCAGAGUUAAACACAAAGCUAAACACAGAGUUCAACACAGAGUUCAACACAAAGACAGCUGCACUCACAUGGAGGGAGCAUCUACCAAAGGAGUUCUGAGUCACCUGAGUCUACUGGAGGUUCAGGCGAGGAGCCGCAGACAUGUUCCCCCGCAGAGGAGCCGCGUGAAGGAGCUGAGGGCGGAAGCUGAAGCGCUGAGGGUCCGGAGAGAGCAGCUGAAGACGGAGCUACAGACACGUCAGAGUCUUCAGAGACUGAGGACGUCUUUGGACAAAAAGAGCACCGAAGAGGAGGAGGAGGAGGAAAUGGAUGAAGACUCUGAGAACUCACAGCUGCUGAGGCUGAUGGCCAGACACACACAACUGAAGGAUCUUCUGCUCGCUCAUCACCUCAUCGGCGGGUACGACAUCGUCAAGACGCGCCACGGCAAAGGAGUGUGCGUGUCUGUGGCGACGGCCUACGAGGGCGUCUGCUUGGAGACCUACAACCUGGAGAUCGACCUGAAGCCAACGCUGAGGAUCAGUCGUCACAACGUUCCCCCGUUCAUUCCUCUGAGCGGCCUCGCCGAGCAGAGCGACAUGCAGACGGACAUAAGGGCUUUUCUGGACACACUCAGCCAACAUCUCAACGCCUUCGCUGGGCGCAAGCAGCAGCUGCAGCUUGUCAAGGAGCAGCACAAGUCCAUCGAAGUGAUGGAGAGCAACGUCUUGUGUUCGAUACUCGUGCUGAUGUUCACUGUGCCGAGGACGAAGACCGCCGUCCUCUGCACGCUGGACUACACUGACCACACCGCGUGUCUUCCAGCAAGAGUCCAGUUUGAAUGCGAUGUCAAGGAGAUUCUCGAGUCUCCAGAGUGGAGGAAAAACUGCGGCCUGCUCAUGGAGACUCCACUGCACAAAGCUUUGAUGACCAUGAAGAAGAUGGGGAAUAUUAUUUAAUCACAAGUAAUGAAACAGUAUAUAUAAGAAUAAUCUUUUUUUGUCUUGCUUGAUAGUAGCUGAUACAUUUGUGCUGUCAGGUUCCUCUAUUGAGGUUCCAGUAUUUCUACGCUGCUUUUGUCUCUGAGACUUUCUAUAAACGCUGCCACCCUCUUGUGUAACGUUUCCCUCUGAAGCCGCCGCGCCCCCUCCAGUUCCUCUCGGGCUUUCUGCUGUUUUCUGGCCAGUUCUUUUUCUGAUAUCGAGUCGAUAGUUGCAAUAUUUUUCAUCUGCAUGAGAGACACGUUGCCUUUGCGUCUCACUGGACUCGUGGGUUUGGCCACCGAGGGUGGAGGUGCUGAGAUCGACCGACUCUGCUUCACCGCCUCAGAUCCAUCGUGGUGAUGCAGGGAUUUGCUGGAGCACAGACUCCUGCCGUCAGACGUGUGAAUGCCUCUCACGUGUGUCUCUGUGUCCUUGUGCUCUCCGAUUUCUUUCAUGGCGAUGUUGACUGUUGCUUUGGGUUCGCACACUUUCACCAUCACCACUCGUCUCUGCUCUUUAAACAGUGAGUCUCGUCUUUGCUGCAGCGUUUUACAGGUGUAGCGGUACUGUUUGUCCAGCAUGCUCAGUUUCUGCUGAAGAUCUCUGUCCUCCUUUUGGUUCAACACUCUCAGCUCUUUCUGCAGAACCCAUCGUCUGUGGACUGGAUCCAUUUGUAUAAGAUCUAGAUGGAGAAACACAUGUUUUGCCCAUUUUUCCUGUAAAUUUGCCAUCUAACUCUUUAUAAUAAAACCAUUGUUGCUA